UUUUAUAAAAAUGGAAAAACAAUUUGCACAAGGAUCAGCAAACUUGGGCACAACAAUUGCUUGAACAACAACAAGAUUUUUUUGCACGUUAUAUAAAUAACGUUAACACAACUCUAAAGAACAUUUUAAAGAGUACGAUGUCCAAGACGCCGAGCAAAUGAAAUCCUACUUUUUAUCGUGGAUGGGUCAAGAUUUAUUUGAAUUGGCAAGAAUUUGUUCGGAACAGAAAAACUUAAAAACCAAAACAUUUCAGGAAAUAAUUUGUAAGCUGGAACAAUAUUAUGCAUCGAAAAUUCACGCAGCAAGAUUUAAGUUUUACAACAGAUUGAUGCAAGAAGAUGCACUUAUUUUAAAUACGUCACAUGAAAUUGUAAGAACUGCCGCUUUACAAAAACAAAACCAAUCUUUGGAGGAAGUAAUCAACAUAGCAGAGACCUAUGAAUCAACGCAAUCAUCAUUGGAAACAAUAAGAAACAACAGCCUUCCGCAAGAAGUUCAACAAGUUAAAUUUAGAAAUCAAAAUCCAAAGUACCAGCAACAAAAUAAUCAAACUAGCAAGAUAUCAAGCAAAAUAUCACCUUGAAAUCAAUUGCCAUCAUGUUCUGGAUGUUUCAAAAAUCACAAAAAAACAAAAUUGUAAGUUUCGCAAUGCCAAAUGCCACAGAUGUGAAAAAUCUUGUCACAUAGCCCCGGUAUGUAAAUCUAAAAUGUUAAUAAUAUAGAGAAUU